CCAUUGUUAUAACGAAAUAAUAGUGAUUUAUUUUCCUUCUUAAUAUUUAACGAAGUAAGAAAAAAAAAACAACUCUGAAGAAUAUAUUAAUAGCAGCCCACUUCUUCAGACUGCAACAUAUUACUUUUAAUUUUAAGCUCUCUCUCUAGUCUAGUCUCUUCUCUUCUCUUCUCUCUAAAAUGGAAAAACAAAUCAACAUAGAGAGUAGUGAAACUCAUCAUCAUCACGACAACAAUGCUUCCGUUAUAACGACCUCCAACGUCGCAGCCGCCUCCUCCUCCUCAUCAGCUGUAACAUCUUCUUCGUCGGAGUCUUGGACGACUUCCUCCAAAAGAUCGUUAGUGCAAGACAAUAAUGACGCCGGAGGAAAAAGGCGGAAGAGCAACGAUGAUCACAAGAAUCCGACAACGUCGUAUAGAGGAGUGAGGAUGAGGAGUUGGGGGAAAUGGGUGUCGGAGAUUAGAGAGCCGAGGAAGAAAUCUAGAAUAUGGCUCGGCACCUUUCCAACGGCUGAGAUGGCAGCUCGAGCUCAUGACGUCGCCUCUUUAGCUAUCAAAGGCAACUCCGGUUAUCUCAAUUUCCCUGAAUUAUCCGGUUUGCUUCCUCGUCCGGUUAGUUCCUCUCCCAAAGAUAUACAAGCUGCAGCUACCAAAGCCGCCGAAACAACCACGUGGCAAGAACUGGCCACCGAUGAGAAACUAGCAGAGCCGGAAGCUGAUGAGCUAAGCCAUUCUUCUGAGUUGUUAAUGUCUACUACUACUACUACUACUACUGCUGCUGCUGAUCAGUCCUCGACUUCGAGUAGUUUCGUGUUUUCUUCGGACACGUCGGAGACUUGUAGUACGGACAAGGAAAGCAGUGAAGAGACGUUGUUUGAUUUGCCGGACCUUUUCACCGACGGGCUGAUGAACGGAAACGAUGCGUUUUGUUUGUGCAACGGCACUUCUACGUGGCAGCUUUACGGAGAAGAUGUGGGUUUUCUCCGGUUCGAAGAGCCGUUCAUAUGGCAAAAUGACUAAACCAUCCUUCACAACUUGCUUACUAACAUAUAGUUUUCUUGAUAAAGAACAUAUAUUUAGUUCCAAUAGAUAUAUAUAUAUAUAUAUAUGGUAUGUAACUAAUCU